AUGACAACAGUUGAUAAAAACGAUAAUGAUCUUCACUCUUCUAAUUUGGAUCGAAAUAGAAGUCCUUCUUCAAAUAUGAAUCCUGUAAUAUCACCUAGGGUUACUGUUCCAAUCUCUAGAUCAAACCAAAAGGUUUCAUUCGAUCCAGUAUCUUCGAAAAAUUAUUCUGAAUCCGAGCUCAAUACUCCUACAAAUAAUGGUGAUUCAUCAUCAUCUUCUUUGCUUUCUCCAAAUAUUAAACCAAGGAUGGGAAGGGCGAGGUCUAAUUCAAGAAGUGAAGGUUCACAGUAUCAAAAUGAUUUCGACCAAUUUAAUACUACAAAUGAUGUGAUACAACCAUUGGAUAACAACAACAACAACAACAACAACAACAACAACAACAACAACAACAACAAUAAUAAUAAUAAUGAAAUUGAAUUACCAGAGAAUACAAUUGCUAACACUAAUAUGAUUGACACAACCAACAAUGUCAAAAAAAGAAAUCAUAAGCAUAAAAUUAAAGAUACUAUACAAGAUAAUAAUAAAUCGGAUAUCAGAGAUAGCAACAACGACAACGAUGACACCAGCAACAAAAAUAAUAUCUCUCCAUCAGUUUUAACAUCUCGUAACAAAUACACGUAUAUAAUCAUUUUAAAAUCGUUAAAUAAAACAUUUGAGACUAAAUUUUUAAUGGUUCCAUUCAAACCCGAUAUAUUAAAAUUAGGUAGACCUGUGGUCAACAACAAUAAUAGCAAUCAUAAUAACGACAGCAACAGUAACAAAAACAAUAACAACAACAAUAACAACAACAAUAAUAAUAACAAUAAUAAUAAUCGCAUGAAUACUCAUAAUAUUAUAAAUGAUGGAACUGAUUUACCUAAACGAAAUGCAAAUAGUUUGGUUAGACCAGACAAUGGUAAUUUUGAUUCAAGAGUACUAUCAAGAAAUCAUGCAUCUUUGACCUGUGAUCCAGGGACAGGUAAAAUUUACAUUAAAGAUUUAAAGUCAAGUAAUGGUACAUUCAUUAAUGGAAAUAGAAUAGAUUCACAUGAAGUUGAAUUGAAGAUUGGUGAUGUUAUUGAUCUGGGAACUGAUAUAGAUACUAAGUUUGAACAUAGGAAGAUUAGUGCAUUAGUUGAAGAAAUUACAAUAAUCCCAUUAUUAAAUGGACUAACAUCAAAUGAUCCUCAUGAUAACAAUAUUAUUGAUAAAAUGAAUGGUAGAAUUGAACCUAUUACAGUGAACCCAUUGUCUGCACAGAGAGCCGCCUUUGAAACUGCUAUGUUUGGAGAUGUCAAUAACUUAGAUCUAGAAGAUGCAAUCUUAGGACCAGAGACAGAAAUAUUAAGUGGUAUAUUCAUAAAUAAUGCCAUAGGCACCAGUCCUAAAUUGAUAAAUGUUAUUAAGUUACUUUCCACGGAAUUGGCCUUAGAAAGACAAGAAUAUGAGAAGUUGAAAUCAAUGGAAAAUUUUAUGAUUAAUUAUACAACAAAUCUAGAAUAUAUUAAUAAAUUAAUGAUUGAAAGGAAUGAUAAACAACUAAUUAAAUUACAGGACACAUUAAAGAAAACUUUUACUGAAAAACACGAAAGAAUUUUAAAGGAAACAAUGGAUCAAAUUACUACAAUGAAUAAAGAACAAGAGAUUUUCAAAGAAAAACAUAUUGAAAAGAUAAAGGCAAAUAAAAAAUUGAUAAGUUCUUUAGAGAUGCAAGUUGAAGAUUUAAAAACAAGACUGCAAGUAGAAAAAUACAAGAAUUCUUGUUUAAAUAAGAACAAACAAAUAUCCUCGUCAUCUAAAUCACUGGCGUCUCUUUCUUGCUCAUCACAGCAGAAUAUUCUAAAGGAUGAAGAGAAUAAAACGAUGGGUUCUUUAUCUGAAUUGACUUUAUUUUCAACUAAGAUAAGUUCUAACGAAAAACAUUUGAAGAUUACAGAAAAUAGUUUGCCAGUAUUUUGUAAAAAGAACAAUGAUACUAAUUCAACACAAGAUAUAAGAGCUACCCAAUCAAAUGAUAAUGGCACAAUAAUAAAUAAAGAGAAUUUGUUAACCCAAAAUAAUAAUAGAAAUAGCGAUACUCCAGUAUUGAAGCAACCUUCAAAUAAUAAUAAUAAUAAUAAUAAUAAUAAUAAUAAUAAUAAUAAUAAUAAUAAUAAUAAUAAUAAUAAUAAUAAUAAUAAUAAUAAUAAUAAUAAUAAUAAUAAUAAUAAUAAUAAUAAUAAUAAUAAUAAUAAUAAUAAUAAUAAUCACAUAACAAAUGAAUCAUCUAAUGAUAACAGCAGAAACAAGAAAACCAUAUCAACAAUCAUAUUACUGACGACCGUUUCUGUUGGUAUAAUUGCAGUUUUUCUAAAACAAAAAUUUAGUUAA